AUGGUCAAAGACGGUGAUGCAGACGAAUCAGCCCAGUUUGAAGUAUGGCUCCCUGGAGAUAAACGAAGAAAUCAGAAGACACCUGUCAUCCUUUCACACCAACAGUUUGCUCGACGCUGGGUCCUGCUCGGACAGGCACGGGACUACCAAUAUCAAGUCCAGGAGGCACAACCAACUACAGCGACACAUGUUAGGUAUGAGCUCUCUUCAAGCGACACCGACGGCACGAGAAACGAAACAGAUGGGACAUCUCGAAACACCGCCAUAUACUUCGAUACAGGGAAACUGUUCCAGGCGAAUGAGAUACGGUCGGAAAUCCGCUCGCGCCACAUGACCUACAGGAAAGACGCUGGAGCUUUCCAUAGAUUGGAUGUCGACCCGGAUGAGAUGCACGUAGCAUUCUCGUUUUACGACUAUUCGAAGGAUUCGCAGCACACCUCUUCCAUGCUGAACCCCGUGGGGGAAGAGUAUCAUCAGGAGAGCGAUGCUGAAACCUCCACACCUGCCGCGAUUGCAGUCGCAAUUGAAGCGUUUCGCAGUUGGGAGCGUUUCUAUCAGCAAGGUCUAGCCCAUACCCGUGGAAAUGAACUGGAGGAAGCUCUACUUUCCCAUCACAGUGCUUUGGCCAUAUGUGAUGGCAAGACCGACCUUCCACACGCGACACAUUAUCGAUACGUGGUGCUUGCCGAACUCGGGUAUGUGCACAGAAUGCUUGGACGCUUUGCAAGGGCCAGCGAGUACCUCGAGGAAGCAGUCAAGAACAUGCCGUCCAACGAAAGCCGUCUCAAAGCACUUGGAGAGCUGGCGGUCGUGUAUCGUCAUUUAGACAGAUUAAACGACGCCAAACGAACUUGCGAAGAACAGUAUGAAUCUGCCAAACUCAUGGGGCUUGAGCUGGAAACAGAGCGUGCAAUCGGUAAUCUUGGCAUGAUGAACUACCAACUCUUCCUGCUCAACCAUGACGAGGAGUACUUGGCUGUCGCCAUAAAGCAGUUGGAAGAACGGGUCGACAUAUGCCGACGGCUGAGAGCUCCAACAGACAGUGAGGAAGAUUCCCGUCGAAAGGCAGCUAAGGCUCAAAGCGCUACAGCGCAUGAGGCCAUCGCAUUCGCCCGUCUGUCCCUCUGUUACACUAUGCAGGGUCACCUCGACAAGGCGAUUGGCGCAGCCUGGGAUUGUCAAAAGCUGGCCAUCGAGUCGGGCGAUCCAAGCAAGAUUGCAUUCUCUAGGCUGUUCUACGGUCGAGCACUGCUCUUAGAUGGACAGAAAGAAGAGGCGCUUGCUCAGUUCAAUCCUUCAGACGGAUAUACGCCAGUCGCAGCUCUCUCGAAAGAGCCUUGCGAAGAAUACCGGGGUUACAUACGGGAAAUGAUCAAUGCUGGAGCGGACUUGACUUUACGGGACAGAUCUGGUUACUCAGCACUGGACUUUGCAGUCUACAGCGGCGAUAGACAAACGCAGGAUAUUCUGAUCGAGGCUCUUCAGCGACAGCUCGGUCAAGACGAAGUUGAGCAGCAUCGGUUGGAAUCUACGCUUCGAAAGGGCUAUCGCGAACUUUUUCAGGAGAUAUUGCGACCGGUGCUGCUGGAAGCAGACAAACGCUCCAGCAUUAAACGGCUCCGACAGGCGUAUGCGAGAACUCUGGCCGCGGACGAAGAGAAAGCACACCAGUUUGACGCAUUCAAAUAUGUGCGUUUCUCCGACUUUUCUAGGCACGGGAAGCUGCCUAAAUCUAGCGAAGGCUUGACACGCCGCUUCGGGAACGACGAUGAUGAAGAUCUUUACGUGAUUUUCAUGUCUUACACAUGGUCCAAGAAGAAGCGCGUUGGCGAGUUCUCUCCCGACGAUAUGGAGAAUACCAAGUAUUAUCAAAUGAUGAGCGCCUUGGAAAGUUUCCUCCUAGAACACCCGGAUAUGGAUCCUAACACGGUUGGUAUAUGGCUCGAUUGGGCCUGUAUCGACCAGAACAACAGAGACAUACAAGCGCGCGGUGUGGCAGCACUACCCAUGUGUGUUGCACAAUGUAAUGCCAUGAUCAGUAUUACCGAUGAUAACUACUACGAACGGGCAUGGUGCUGUGUUGAAGUCAUCACCAUACGAGCUCUAGAAAGAUCGUAUCAUGCCCAUGGAUGGUACGAAUUCGAGUAUGAUGCACGUCAAGAGAGGAAAGUACUUCGAGAUGGCAGAGUUACGGAAGCGCUAAGUGUGGUCUCCGCAAAGGUCACUAUGGAGAGCGAUCGUCCCAAGCUAGAGUUCCUUGAGAGGCAGGCAAAGCUCCUAGAUAUCUCAGCUGAUGCAUAA